GUGCUGCAAGCCGCUCCUGCUCCUCACUAAGGUCCCCAUCCCUUCCGUUAACGGCUUUCUUGCAGAAGAAGCGGAACUCAGAUGCGAAGGUGCGAUUCCAUACACCACACACACAUGAAACGUGGUGAAGGGGAGAUGCAUCGCCCUGGAUGUGCUGUUGUGCUGCUUCAGGUUUGAUGGGAGGCCGCCGGGUCGCCUACGAGGCUCUGGACGACGGCCGGUAGGGUAGAAAUAUGGGCGAGAGAUUGAGCUCAGGGGACCCUUUCCCGUGUGUGUGUGUGUGUGCUGUUCGUUCCAUGCCAGGUGUCGCCUCGUCUGCCUCCCUCUCCCGACGGUCGCUAUAGCCCUUCCCCUCCCGGCCCUCCGAGGCGCACCAACUCCAGACAGCACGACUUCAUGCCCCUAGAUGACCGUCGUCCUCCCCGUGACUUCACGCCUCCUUACCGUGGCAGCCCGUCACCCUCCCGACCGCCACCGCCCAGCAGGCGGCGCAGCGACGUCCGCGGCAGUGGGCCAGAGCCGUCGAGGUGGGAGAUGGACAGAGGGCCGCGCGAUCACUCUCCCCAUGGGCCGAUGCGCCACUCGCGUCCGAGCAGCCGCUCCAGGUCACCAUCUCCCCCGCGCAAGGCUGCACGGAGUGAGAGAGGCCGCGGUUUGCCCUCGCCACGAUCGCAGGACAGGAGGCCGCCCAGCCGGCCGGGAGAGGGGAGGGACAGGCGGAUGUUCGACUCUCGUGACCGGUCGUCAUCUCGAUCUCGUUCGGUGAUAUCGCGCCAUCGGCUGUCGCGCUCGCCCAUCGUCGACCGCAGACGACGGUCCAGAGAAGACAUGGAACGUAAGCAGCGACACGAUCCAUCCGUGCAUAUACGGGGUCUGCAUGUAUUCGUUUUCGCUGCCUGUCGCUGAUCCACCAUAUAGGUUCCAGGCGCCGCGCCCUCAGCCCGCUAAGGCAGGAGCCGCUGCCCCCCCUCCAUCCUCGCCCCAACGAUCGGCCGCUCUUCAAUGGUCGCCGCGAUCGAUCGCCACCUCACGCCCUCGACCGCUCACGUCACCCGCCGCCAUACCCGCACCCACAUCCGGCAUCGCUGAUCGCCGAUUUCCCUCUCAAGCCACGACUCGUCCACCCAGAGCCGAGGCAUCACCAGCCGGACGUUUUGAGGGUGCCUGCCGGCCCCAACACCAACCCCAUUCCGUCGCCCAGCAGCGCGUCCAACAACGGUCAUGGUCGGCCUUACUCGCGGGAUCGGUCAGUGAGGCGAGGAGAGAGGGAGGCCGAGCCUCAGCGGACGUCGCCCAUCACACCGUCGAUGCGCGCCAAGGACGUGGAUAGGGAGCUGGUGCUGCCCGAGAUGCCUCAGGAGCAUCCCGAGCGUCAGCGGGACGAUGGGAGGGGGGACAAAGGAGGAGAUGUGUCCAGGAGGAACCAUGAGAUCAAGCGGAAACGGGAGGAGUCACCGAGGCAAGCUGAGGAGGACGCGCAAUGGUCGGGGGCCGCCGAGAGCGUGGCCGCCGCAGCUGCUGCGGAGGCUGCGGGUGCUGCUCUGAGCAAGGCUAAGGCUGGUGAUGGUCCUGCUCAAGCAGCUGGGGGUUUUGUGGUGACGAGGUUGCCCCCCAAGCGACGCAUCAGUAUCAUGUUGCCGCUCAGGCAGAAGGAGGAGCCCAACCAGACGGCCGACAAGCAAGCGGGACGUGAGCGGGACGACAAGGCGGCGGAGGUUCACGGGAGAGAGGAGGAGCCAGCCAGCGAGCCCACCAAGGAGGCCUCCGAGCCAGUGGUCGCCCAGGCAGAAACGACACACCAUCAUCCCCUGCCACAGCCCCCAGCCGUCCAGCACCAGGAGGACAUCCAUGAAGAGCCGGCAAAGGCGCCGCCGCUUCCGGCGGGCGAUGUGGAUGGGGCUGGGGAUGCCGUGGAUGCGUAUCGGCCUGUGAAUUGGACCAGCUGUGCUCUGACGGGCCACUGGGCGCUGCUGGAGGGAGGGGAGAAGCUGAGGGCACUGCUGACCGGUCGGCUGGACGACGCCCUCGACGACCGACAGAAGGAGCAACUCGCCAUGGCUGCAAACAGGUGGGUGGGUCGGGAUAGCUGCACGAAAGGGGAGGGAGACUCUGGUCAGUGGGGCUUGGUGCAUUUGUUUGUUGAUGGCUUUUUGUGCAGGCGUGCACUGUGGGUGCAGCUGGUGUGCCGCAACUGGCUGGUGGGCCAAGGGGACGAUGCAGAGGCAUCAGAGAGCAACCCGCCCUCUUCACGACCUGAUUGAGCAGUGAAAAGGGCGUGUGUAAUGGGGGGAGUGUGUAAUGGGCAGAGUGUUGAUUUCAUGGGUGUUCUAUCUAUCUAGAUAGGCAGCUGAUAUGCAUGGUACCUCACCUCCAUGAACACGCGACGUUCGUAUGGUAUGGUUGGUACGGUGGGGUCACAUUGACGCACUAUCGAUAAAAAGAACAUGUCGG